UGCAGUGAGCCCCUUUGCUGGCACUGUGUCUACAUGAAGCCAGUGCUGUGGCUCUGAGGCUCUCCUGGCGUGGUGGCUGGUGAGGCAGGGCCCUGUGUGCUGGCACAGAGAGGAUGAGUGUGUCCCUGGCCUCACAGCUGCAGCCUGCCCUGAGGAAGGCUCAGGCUGCCAGGGGUGGUGAGGAUAAUGGAGCUUGUCCCUCGGCAACGUGGCCUCUGCCUCGUGCUGUGGUGUCUGAGCACGGCCAGAGGACCACAGAGGGGCUGAGCCCCAGGCAGGAUCUGCUGCAGAGGAGGAACCAGAGGCUGGUGGGCGCCGUCUCCCAUCAGCAAACUGACUCAAGGAAGAGGAGAAGACGAGGGUGAGGUGAGGUGAGGCUGGCAGCAGGAGUGGAAACAUUGGGUUGAAUCUCCAGCCCUGGUUCUCUUGGAUGCCUUGUCCUACUCAGCACCAGCUCCGGGACUGUAGCCAAGGUGGUGCGUCUUGUCUACCCCGAGCAUGUGCUGCGUGGCAGGAUGGAGCACCGAGUCCUUCUGCCUGCCUUGUUCUGCCCAUGCUGUGGCCAGCACCGUGAGGCCAGCAGGAGCUGGCACUGGGGUCCAGAGGGCAGCUGUGCCUGCCCAGCCUGGGCACUGUGGCUUGUGCUGAUAGCAGGCACUGCCCUCGGCUGCUGCCAGGUGAAGGUUCAGGUCCUUCUGUCUUUGAGGGAACCUCUUGGGAGCUGUGCCUCAGUUUAUCUGUUGGAGGCAGAGAUUGGGUGAUCCUGUGGCUGGGGAUUCAUUGGCUCAGGGCUGUGCUGAGGUGCAAACUAAGAGCUGCGUGUUCACAGCGCAUUGGGACCUGAUUCUCAUCCUGAACUACAUCUCCAAGCCUGCCAAAGUUUUUCUGCUGCUACACAGAAGGACGUGUUUUCAGCAAAGCCUUCCAUGUGGAAGACUGAAAAAAAUUAAAUAAAAAGUAACUCCAAGCUUGGAAUGGUGCUGCCAGGCAGAAUGUUUACAAGGAAGCAGCCUGAUAAACAAGGAAAAUUGGUGAGUUGUAAAGAGGUGAAAUUGUGCAGUGUGGCAACAAUUCCCAGCUUGUCAGAGCCUCACAGUGGUCACAGCCACCUCAGGCUGGCUGCAGGAUCUCCGUUUUUACAGGCAGCCUCAGGAAGCCAGGCUGGACUGAAAAAGUAACGGAAUUAUGUGGAACUUGUCUGAGUGAGUCACUGACCCUACAUCUCCACAAGUUCUUUCAGGGCACUGCUGUGAAGGACAGAAGAGGCUGCAGCUGAGAGAUCUGCCCUUUCUGGUCACCAAGGGUUUCAGAUCUCCUCCCCUAGCCUCUCCCAGUCUUUUGUGCUUUCUGUGCUAAUCCAUCCAGUGCAGCAUACACUGACAGAGGCAGGAGCUGGAAAGCCUGCUCUGAAAGCCUCUGCAUGCUGCUGGAGCAGCUGCAGACAUGAACCUGAAAACCGUGCUCAUCCUCCUUGGUCUGGCGCUGGCCACAAUAUUCGCUUUGAUCUGUGUGCUGCUGACCAGAGAAAGGACCCCCAGAACCUGCCAGCACCUGCCCCCAGAGCAGGAGGAGAUGGAGGACGGCCAGAGCCUGGUGUUUGCUGACCUGAGCCCUGAGGAGCUGUCCCAGGUGGUGCGGUACCUGCAGGGACACCUCGGGGUGCCGCUGGUUGAGGCCUCCCGCGCCAAACCCUCGGACAACUGCAUCGCCUCGGUGGAUGUGCAGGUGCCCGGCAAGGCAGAGGUGCUGCGGUUCCUGGACGGCGCGGGGGCUCGUCCCCGCCGAGAGGCGCUGGCUGUGCUGUACUUUGGGAACCAGCCAGACCCCAACAUCACCGAGUACGUGGUGGGGCCGCUGCCGACGCCGGCGUACCACCGAGACGUGACGGUGCAGAAGUACGGGGGGAAGGUGCCGUACCACCGCAGACCGACGCUGGCUGUCGAAUACAAGCAGAUUGGAGAGUUUCUAAAGAGCCAAGCGUUCCCCUCGGCUCCAGCUUUCAUGCAACAAAACGUGAGUGGAUUCUUUGUGCACCCGGUGGGGCUGGAGGUGCUGGUGGACCACAGCAGCCUGGACAUCUCGCAGUGGGCCGUGAGCAGGGUCUUCUACAACGGGCAGUACUACAGGGACAUGGCUCAGCUGGAGAGUGCCUACGUGCAGGGUCGGAUCAGCGUGGAGAAGGUGAGGAAGGCCCCGUGGGAUGGGGAUUUCUCGUCCAUGAAGCCUCGAGCUGCUCCGGCCGCGCUGUUCCCGGUGCAGUUUGAGCCGCAGGGUCCCCGCUACAGCGUGAGGAACAACCACGUGCUGUUCCAGGGCUGGAGCUUUGCCUUUGGGAUGAGCGUGAGCGCAGGCCUGCGGCUGUUUGACAUCCGGCACAGGGGGGAGAGGGUUGCCUACGAAAUCAGCGUCCAGGAGGCGCUGUCAGUGUACGGCUCCAACUGCCCGGCAGGGAUGUCCACGCGCUACAUGGACGGGAGCUUUGGCCUGGGCCGCUACACCUCCCCCUUGGUGCGAGGGGUGGACUGCCCGUACUCGGCCACCUACGUGGACACGCACUCUCUGUCCGCCAGCCUGAGGCCCCAGAGGAGGAAGGCUUCGCUCUGCAUCUUUGAGCAGAACCUGGGCUCCCCUCUGAGGCGCCACUACUCCAACUUGCAGUCGCUCUACUACGGGGGGCUGGUCAACUCGGCUCUGGUCAUUCGGUCCAUUGCCACCGUGGGCAACUAUGACUACGUGUGGGACUUCAUCUUCUACCAGAACGGGGCCAUGGAGGGCAAGGUGCAGGCCACGGGCUACCCAAGCUCCUCCUUUCUUCAUGGGGAUGGCCUGAGAUAUGGCAAUAGGCUUUGGGAGCACACCCUGGGUACGAUCCACACCCAUUUUGUCAACUACAAGGUGGACUUGGAUGUGGGAGGGGUGAAAAACUCCCUCGUGGCCCAUGACAUGGCAUUUGAGAUGACACGGGCUCCCUGGAACCCAGAGCAGCAGAUAGAGCGGCCAAGACUCACCAAGAAAGUCCUGGACACGGAAGACCAGGCUGCCUUCCGACUCCAGUCCAAGAUGCCCAGAUAUGUCUACUUCGCGGCCAACAGCAAAAACAAGUGGGGCCACCAGCGCGGCUACAGGAUCCAGAUCACCAGUUUUGCAGGGGACCACAUCCCUGAAGGCAGCUCCAUGGAGAGGGCCAUCAGCUGGGCAAGGUACCAGCUGGCCGUCACCCGGCGGAAGGAGGAGGAGCCCACCAGCACCAGCAUCUACAACCAGAAUGACCCCUGGACGCCCACUGUGGCCUUUGCUGACUUCAUCAACAACGAGACCAUCACCAACGAGGACCUGGUUGCCUGGAUAACUGCUGGCUUCCUUCACAUUCCACACUCUGAGGAUAUUCCCAACACCGUGACCGUGGGAAACUCGGUCGGUUUUCUCCUGAGACCCUACAAUUACUACGACCUGGACCCCUCUAUAUACUCCCACGAUGGUGUAUUUUUCACCAGCGAGCAGGACUUGACAGCAUGUGAAAUCAACCCUCUUGCCUGCUUGCCCAAAGCUGCCUCUUGUUUGCCAAACUUCCCCCCAUUCACUUAUGAUGGUUUUCGAAAUAUGAGCAGGCUUUAAUGCUAUGGGACAGUGGAGAUGUGUCAGAGACACCAGGCUGACUGUUCUGUCUCUGAUUUUCAGCUUUUUAGUGAAGUUGUCUCAGUUUUCAGUUGUCUAAUGACUUCACAUUUUAUUGUUGCUUUUGAAAUAGUGCUCUUGAAAAAGGAAGCAUGAUUUUCUUAGCAUGAUGUGAGAUGGAAGUCUACGUUAUCUGUUAAUUCCUGAAUUUGAGUCUGUCGCCAGAGGAAAGUGAGGAGAAAAUCCUGUUCCUCUGCUGUAGAAGCAAGUGCUGUGUAGUGCAUAUCUCAGGUUAAAAUAAUGAAAAUGGUGCUGGUCCAAUGCUCUCAAGUGUCUUGUUCUUAAAUUUACAGCAGUUUCUCCUGGGGUGUGAUGCUGGUCUCU